AUGGAGGAUGCGGAUGAAGGAAAUCCUGAAGCGGCUCAAGACACCUCGACAUCCUCUUCAACGCCCUUGUCACGUACGCAUGGCUCUAGGAUCUGGAGGUCAAGGGAGCACGACAGGGAGGAGAGGCGCGGCGCGGUGCGGCGCCGCAAGGCCGGGAAGCGUGACAGGACGGGAGGGGCCAUCUCCUCCUACCCCGUGUCACCGGAGGAAUACCGAAGGCGGUGGCAGCAGCGGCCCGCACUUGCAUCCAGCAAAGGAGGAGCGGUGGGGGCGGCGGCCUGCGCUCGCAUCCAGCAAAGGAGGAGCGGUGGGGACGACAUCCUUCUCUUGCAACUAGUUGAUUUGAAUAAGCUCCCUCGCGAUCCAGCUAAAAGGAAGCGAAUGGCAGAUUAUCACCCCAACCAACGUGACGAGAUAAGAAGGAAGUAUUUGAUUUGGGGACCUAAUCAGCCCCGCAAGUUGGAAUUUCCAUACAGGGAGAUUGGGAAGAAGAAAAAGAAGAGGAGAUUCAAUUCGGAUUGGUAUGAUGAUUAUGCUUAUUGUCUAGAGUACAGCGAGAAGGAGCACAAAGCCUAUUUCUUAUGCUGCUAUUUGUUUAGGGACAACAUUAAAGACAGCCACCAUGGGCAUGAUGCAUUUGUAGUAGAAGGUUUCAACUAUUGGAACAAGACAGAGAGAUUUGUAACUCACGUUGGUGAUCGUAACAGCUUUCACAACAAAGCACUCAAGGAUUGCAAGGAUCUAUUAAAGCAAGAUCAAUCAAUCCCUGCAGCCAGGAAUAGACAAAGCCAAACUGAAAAGAAUGAGCAUCUCAUCCGGUUAAAUGCCGCAAUUGAUGUUUGUCGAUACUUGUUGCAUCAGGGACAACCUUUCCAUGGCCAUGAUGAAUCUAAAGAUUCUGAAAAUAAAGGAAAUUACCUUGAGUUGAUGGACUACACUAUUAAGCAAAAUGAUGUUGUUGCUAAGGCAUUCAAGAAUGCUCCAAAUAAUAAUCAAAUGUUGUCUCCCAAAAUUCAGAGAGAUAUUACCGAGUGCUUUGCAAAAGAAGUACUAGGCCAUGUGAUGAAAGAAAUUGGUAAUGAUGUGUUCAGCUUAUUCAUUGAUGAGUGUAGGGAUGUUUCUGACAAAGAACAAAUGGCGGUUGUUCUCCGAUAUCUUGAUAAGUGUGGACUGGUCCAAGAGAAGUUUGUUGGUGUUGUUCAUGUGGAGGAGACAACAACUUCUUAUCUCAAGUCUUGCAUAGAUUUAUUAUUUUCACAACUUGGGCUGAAUCUUGAACAAGUUAGAGGCCAAGGUUAUGAUGGAGCAAGUAAUAUGUCUGGUGAGUUUAAUGGUUUGCAAGCUAAAAUUAUGAAUGAGAACAAAUCAGCAUAUUAUGUACAUUGUUUUGCUCAUAAACUCAACUUGGUUGUUGUGGCUAUUGCAAAGAAGAUAUUCGAGGUCGGAGAUUUCUUUGAUAUGGUUUCAGUUUUGCUAAAUGUCGUGGGCGCGUCUUGCAAGAGAAAAGACCAACUUCGUGAGCAUCACCAAGAAGAAGUGAGAAAAUCAAUAGGAUGUGGAGAGAUUGCUACAGGGACUGGACUGAAUCAAGAAUUAUCUCUUCAAAGACCAGGUGACACUCGAUGGAACUCCCAUUAUAAAACACUGUUGGGUUUGUCCAAGAUGUUCUCAUCUAUGGUCAAAGUACUAGAAUAUGUCGAGAAAGAUGGCACAGAUACCGGAAAGAGGCGGCAAGCUAGAGGUCUUCUAAAAUAUUUCCAGACCUUUGAUUCUGCAUUUUUCUUACACAUGAUGAUGAUGAUAUUAGCUUUAACAAAUGGGCUAUCAAAAACCUUACAGAGAAAGAAUAAAGACAUUGUAAAUGCUAUUUUAGAUGUGGAAUCAACAAAACGAGAGUUAGAAAAACUCAGAACCAAUGAGGGGUGGGAUUCCCUUAUGAAGAAGGUAUGUUGUUUUUGUGAGAAGCAUGACAUUCCAGUGCUUGACAUGGAAGAUGCCUAUGUUAACCCAAAGAAGCCACGACAAAAGACUGGAAUUAGCAAUGAACAUUAUUAUCAUGUUGACUAUUUCUUUGCUGUGCUCGAUCUGUUAGGAGAAGAGUUUAAUGAGGUAAAUUCUGAGUUGCUUCUAUGCAUGUCUGCUUUGAGCCCAAGUGAUUUAUUUUGUCAUUUUGACAAGGAGAAGUUACUGAAAUUAGCAAAGUUUUAUCCUGAUGACUUCAAUCACAAAGAUAUGGUGACUCUGGAGCAUGAGCUUGGACUCUAUAUAGAUAAUAUACUCCAUGAUACAAGGUUUUCUAGCUUGGACAGAAUAAGUGACUUGGCUAAACUGAUGGUGGAUACUAGGAAGAAUCUCUCAUAUCCUUUGGUAUAUCGGCUUUUGAAGCUAGCUCUAACUCUGCCUGUUACCACUGCCACUGUCGAGAGAUGUUUUUCAGCGAUGAAGAUUGUGAAGAAUGCUUUGCGUAACAAAAUUGGUGAUGAUUAUUUGAGCCAUAGCCUAAUUUGCUUCGUGGAGAAGGAGCUGCUGGACACAAUUACCAAUGAAGUGAUUGUUGAUUGUUUCCAUAAGAUGAAAGAUCGUCGUGGGAGAAAUGAAACGUAA